AUGCCAUCUGAGGCCUUUUUAACCGAUACUCUGAACCUUGGGGUGGACGAUAUUCCAGCUGAGUACCGUACCUCUUUUCUUCUUGCUACGCUUUUUCGAGUGAAGCCAGGGGGGAUCUGGACAAAUGAGGAUGAUCGUAUCACUCUCCGCGCAUUCCCUGAGGCCGUUUUGGGCGACGUCUGUGCUGAUGCUAUAGUUGAGUUAGAUGCUAGCAUUCAGCCGGUGUUCCCACUAUCUUUUUACAACCCAACACACACCUGUCUGCAGAUGCAAAAUGCUUUCAACUUAAAGUCCAAUUCGCUGGAUGAGCGGGUAAAGGUGCUUUCGACCUGCAGAGAUGAUGAGCUAGUAUUUAAGUGCUAUACAAAGCAGUACGGGCUCGGAUGCAAGCACUACCUGUGCAAGUGUCAGGUUUAUUGUGUUGCUUGUGACAGAUUUUACUUUUGCAGACAGUGUCACAACGAAGCACAUCGGAACCACGACUUAGAGUAUAUUGAUUCUUCUCACACCACCCCCCAGAUUAAGUGCGUUCUCUGCGGGGCAGUUUCUCCGCCGACUUCAAUUUGCCCUUCAUGUGGAGUCAACUUCGCCGAGUACUAUUGCCCCAUGUGCUUAUUAUACUGUGAUGCUGGCCAAGAAAUGCAUCCUCGUGGGCAUUGCAGCACGUGCGGCGUCUGCGUUUUGUACAAUAAUACACUCCCUGGUGUUGAAGACCGCUGUCAAUUGCACGUAAGCAACGACGCUGUUGAUGAAGAUCUGUGCCAGUUCUGCAUGGGAUCAGUCGACAAUCAAAGGAACUCGUUUCUCAUGCCAUGUGGUGCCCACUAUGCACACACUCAGUGUUAUACGCGAUCCAUUGCUGAGUGUUCGUAUCAGUGUCCAUCAUGUAAGAAGCUCAUUUUGUACUCAACCAUGCGGGCGGAGUUUGAGGUUCGGAUGCGUGAGCUUUUCGAGAUAACAAAGCGGCCCCCCGAAAUUCUCACGAACCUCGCCAGCUACAUAUGUUAUGAGUGCGGAGAGUCGUUCGUAGAUCAGCCUCAUAUUGUUCCUCUACGCUGUUGGAACCCAGCCUGCCUUUCUUUUAAUACAGCCCCAAUUGACGACAAAAUGACCAGCAACAUGCGGAGACAGAUAUUUGAAGCUCAGAAUCAAGUAUUCAGGAGAAUGAAACUUGUGCCCCUAGAGUUUAACUUGGAGCGUGCGCUAAUUAGAAUGGUCUAUAACUUGACCGAGCGGUACGGAGCUGAGAUCCGCGCCCACUUUAAUCUUGAUGCAAAAAUGCCAUUAGGUGAGCGUUACGUUGUCUCAUAUCUUUCAGAACUGCAUCCAGAUUUGUUUAGGGGUGUCGCCUCUCGGGACGACCUUUUGGAGAGGUUGCAAACGUUCCUCAAUCGAAAAUAA